UCCUGUAACCAGGAGGAAAUCACACGGCUGCUGUACAGCUCUGUGGUUGGAGGUUCCUAUAAGGUGUCAGGACGUGGCGGUGUAUUUCUCCAUGGAGGAGUGGGAGUAUGUAGAAGGACACAAGGAUCAGUACAAGGAUCAGGUGAUGAUGGAGGAUCAGCAGCCCCUCACAUCAGCAGUCAGAUCCAGUAAGAGAACAGCAGCAGAGAGGUGUCCCCGUCCUCUUCUUCCACAGGAUCAGAUGGAAGAUCUGAACAAUAUGAAUGCUCCAGACACAGAUGUGAGGAGUGAUGAGCAGUUUAAGGAGGACAUUCCUACAAUGAAAAAUCUAAACUACAUUAAUGCUACAGACAUAAAUGAAGAAGAAGAAGAGAUAGAUGUGAGCGGUGAUGAGCAGUAUAAGGAGGACAUUACUACAGGGAAAGAUCUGAUUUAUAUUAAUGCUACCAACAUAAAAGAAGAAGAAACAGAUGUGAGCGGUGAUGAGCAGUAUAAGGAGGACAUUUUUACAUUGAAUGAUUUGAACAAUAUUAAUGUUAUAAAAAUAAAUGAAGAAGAAGAAGAAGAAGAGACAGAUGUGAGCAGUGAUAAACAGUAUAAAGAGGAAAUUCCUACAGGAAAAGAUCUGAACUAUAUUAUUGCUACAAUCAUAAAGGAGGAAGAAGAAGAGACAAAUGUGAACGGUGAUGGCCAAUAUAAAGAGGACUUUCCUACAGGGAAAGAUCUGAUCCAUAUUAAUGCUACAGACAUAAAAGAAGAAGAAACGGAUGCGAGCAGUGAUGAGCAGUAUAAGGAGAGCAUUCCUACAGGGAAAAAUCUGAUCUUUAUUAAUGCUACAGACAUAAAAGAAGAAGAAGAGACAGAAGUGAGCGGUGAUGAGCAGUAUAAGGAGGACAUUCCUACAGGUAACCAACCAGAUGACUGUUCCAGGAGAUCAGAGGGAGAUCUGAUAUCUUCAUGUGUAAAAACAGAGGAUGGUAUCACACAAGAUACAUAUGAAGAUUAUUACUUCGUCCCAGAUCCACCCUCAGACCUUCACAGCCAAGAUCUGUCCUCUGAUCCUUUUACAAAACAAAAUAAAAUCCCCAGAAGGUUUGUUGGGCAUCAAAAGGCUAAUACAGGCGAGAAGUCAUUUUCCUGUUCAGAAUGUGGGAAAUGUUUUACUCAAAAAUCAACACUUUUUAGACAUAAAAGAACUCAUACAGGACAGAAGCCAUUUCCUUGUCCAGAAUGUGGAAAAUGUUUUUCUCGAAAACCACAGCUUUUUCAACACCAAAAAAUUCACACAGGUGAGAAGCCAUUUUCAUGUUCAGAAUGUGGGAAAUGUUUUACUGAGAAAUCUAAACUUAUUAGACAUCAAAGAAGUCACACAGGGGAGAAGCCUUUUUCUUGCCCAGAAUGUAAAAAAUGUUUCACUCGGAAAUCCUCUCUUGUUGACCAUCAAAAAAUUCAUACAGGAGAGAAGCCAUUUCCAUGCCCAGAAUGUGGAAAGUGUUUUAUUACAAAAUCAGUUCUUGUUGCCCAUCAAAGAAGUCACACAGGAGAGAAGCCAUUUUUAUGCCCAGAAUGUGGGAAAUGUUUUACUAAUAAAUCACAUCUUCGUGCCCAUCUAAGAAGUCACACAGGAGAGAAGCCAUUUCCAUGCCCAGAAUGUGGGAAAUGUUUUACUCAUAAAUCACAUCUUAGUGCCCAUCAAAGAAGUCAUACAGGAGAGAAGCCAUUUUCGUGCACAGAAUGUGGGAAAUGUUAUUCUCAAAAAUCACAUCUUCGUGCCCAUCAAAGAAAUCAUACAGGAGAGAAGCAAUUUCCAUGUCCAGAAUGUGGGAAAUGUUUUACUCAUAAAACAGGUCUUAUAAAGCAUCAAAAAACUCACACACAGGAGAAGCCAUUUUCAUGCCCAGACUGUGGGAAAUGUUUCACUUCUCAAUUAAAACUGUUUCAACAUAAUAAAGCUCACACAGUAAAGAAGCCAUUUCCAUGCCCAGAAUGUGGCAAAUAUUUAACUAAAAAAGCUAAUCUUGUUGAACACCUAAGAACUCACACAGGAGAUAAGCCAUUUUCAUGUCCAGAAUGUGGGAAAUGUUUUUCUGCUAAAUCAAACCUGCUUAAACAUAAAAAAUCUCACACAGGAGAGAAGCCAUUUUCAUGUCCAGAAUGUGGAAAGUGUUUUACUUAUAAAAUAGUUCUUGAUAAACAUAAAAAAAUUCACACAGGAGAGAAGCCAUUUGUAUGCCCAGAAUGUGGAAAGUGUUUUUCUGUAAAAUCAGAUCUUGUUCAACAUCAAAGGACUCACACAGGAGCAAAGCCAUUUACAUGCGCUGAAUGUGAAAAGUGUUUUACUUUAAAAUCGCAUCUUGUUAAACAUCAAAGAACUCACACAGGAGAGAAGCCAUUUUUAUGUCCAGAAUGUGGGAAGUGUUUUACUAAAAAAUCUAAUCUUGUUGAACAUCAAAGAACUCACACUGGAGAGAAGCCAUUUUCGUGUCCAGAAUGUGGGAAAUGUUUUAUUUCUCGCUCAACUCAGCUUAAACAUGAAAAAACUCACACCGGAGAGAAGCCAUUUUCAUGUCCAGAAUGUGGGAAAUGUUUUAUUUAUCAAUCAACUUUGCUUAAACAUAAAAAAAUUCACACAGGGGAGAGACCAUUUUCAUGCCCAGAAUGUGGAAAGUGUUUUGUUCACAAAUCACAUCUUGUUGAACAUCAAAGAACUCACACAAGAGAAACGCCAUUUCCAUGCUCAGAAUGUGGGAAAUGUUUUUCUUAUAAAAUAAGUCUUAAUAGACAUAAAAAAACUCACACAGGAGAGAUAGAGACGGCCGCCGCAGCUGAAAGUGACUGCGCGCUGCCUGAGCAGCUCGGGUUGUGCUGCGGCCACUCAGUGAGCUGCGCGGUGGCGCCCACCGCUAAGCCUAUAAGGUGUCAGGACGUGGCGGUGUAUUUCUCCAUGGAGGAGUGGGAGUAUGUAGAAGGACACAAGGAUCAGUACAAGGAUCAGGUGAUGAUGGAGGAUCAGCAGCCCCUCACAUCAGCAGUCAGAUCCAGUAAGAGAACAGCAGCAGAGAGGUGUCCCCGUCCUCUUCUUCCACAGGAUGAUCAGGUAGAAGAUCUGAACGAUAUUAAUGCUCCAGAGACAGAUGUGAGGAGUGAUAAGCAGUUUAAGAAGAAUAUUCCUACAAUGAAAGAUCUAAACUAUAUUAAUGCUACAGACAUAAAUGAAGAAGAAGAAGAGACAGAUGUGAGCGGUGAUGAGCAGUAUAAGAAGGACAUUCCUACUGGGAAAGACCUGAUCUAUAUUAAUGUUACAGAAAUAAAGGAAGAAGAAGAAGAGACAGAUGUGAGCAGUGAUAAACAGUAUAAAGAGGAAAUUCCUUCAGGAAAAGAUCUGAACUAUAUUAAUGCUACAGUCAUAAAGGAAGAAGAAGAAGAGACAGAUGUGAGCGGUGAUGAGCAGUAUAAAGAGGACUUUCCUACAGGGAACGAUCUGAUCUAUAUUAAUGCUACAGACAUAAAAGAAGAAGAGGAGACAGACGUGAGCAGUGAUGAGCAGUAUAAGGAGGACAUUUGUACAGGGAAAAAUCUAUUCCAUAUUAUUACUACAGACAUAAAAGAAGAGGAGGAGACAGAAGUGAGUGGUGAUAAGCAGUAUAAGCAGGACAUUCCUACAGGUAACAGCCCAGAUGACUGUUCCAGGAGAUCAGAGGGAGAUCUGAUAUCUUCAUGUGUAAAAACAGAAGAUGGUAUCACACAAGUUACAUAUGAAGAUUAUUACUUCGUCCCAGAUCUACCCUCAGACCUUCACAGCCAAGAUCUGUCAUCUGAUCCUUUUACAAAACAAAAUAAAAUCCCCAGAAGGUUUGUUGGGCAUCAAAAGGCUAAUACAGGCGAGAAGUCAUUUUCCUGUUCAGAAUGUGGGAAAUGUUUUACUCGAAAAGCAAAACUUUUUAGACAUAAAAGAACUCAUACAGGACAGAAGCCAUUUCCUUGUCCGGAAUGUGGAAAAUGUUUUUCUCGAAAAACACAGCUUUUUAAACACCAAAAAAUUCACACAGGUGAGAAGCCAUUUUCAUGUUCAGAAUGUGGGAAAUGUUUUACUGAGAAAUCAAAACUUAAUAGACAUCAAAGAAAUCACACAGGACAGAAACCAUUUCAAUGCACAGAAUGUAGUAAGUGUUUUUCUGUAAAAUCAAAUCUUGUUCGACAUCAAAGAACUCACACAGGAGCAAAGCCAUUUCCAUGCUCUGAAUGUAAAAAGUGUUUUACUGUAAAAUCGCAUCUUGUUAAACAUCAAAGAACUCACACAGGAGAGAAGCCAUUUUUAUGUCCAGAAUGUGGGAAGUGUUUUACUGAAAAAUCAAAUCUUGUUGAACAUCAAAGAACUCACACUGGAGAGAAGCCAUUUUCGUGUUCAGAAUGUGGGAAAUGUUUUAUUUCUCGCUCAACUCAGCUUAAACAUGAAAAAACUCACACCGGAGAGAAGCCAUUUUCAUGUCCAGAAUGUGGGAAAUGUUUUAUUUAUCAAUCAACUUUGCUUAAACAUAAAAGAACUCAUACAGGACGGAAGCCAUUUCCUUGUCCAGAAUGUGGAAAAUGUUUUUCUCAAAAAACACAGCUUUUUCAACACCAAAAAAUUCACACAGGUGAGAAGCCGUUUUCAUGUUCAGAAUGUGGGAAAUGUUUUACUGAAAAAUCAAAACUUAUUAGACAUCAAAGAAGUCACACAGGGGAGAAGCCGUUUUCUUGCCCAGAAUGUAAAAAAUGUUUCACUCGGAAAUCCUCUCUUGUUGACCAUCAAAAAAUUCACACAGGACAGAAGCCAUUUCCAUGCCCAGAAUGUGGGAAAUGUUUUACUCAUAAAUCACAUCUUAGUGCCCAUCAAAGAAGUCAUACAGGAGAGAAGCCAUUUUCAUGCCCAGAAUGUGGGAAAUGUUGUUCUCAAAAAUCACAUUUUUGUGCCCAUCAAAGAAAUCAUACAGGAGAGAAGCAAUUUCCAUGCCCAGAAUGUGGGAAAUGUUUUACUCAUAAAACAGGUCUCGUAAAGCAUCAAAAAACUCACACACAGGAGCAGCCAUUUUCAUGCCCAGACUGUAGGAAAUGUUUCACUUCUCAAUUAAAACUGUUUCAACAUAAUAAAACUCACACAUUAAAGAAGCAAUUUUCAUGCCCAGAAUGUGGCAAAUAUUUAACUACAAAAGCCAGUCUUGUUGAACAUCUAAGAACUCACACAGGAGAUAAGCCAUUUUCAUGUCCAGAAUGUGGGAAAUGUUUUUCUUCUAAAUCAUAUCUGCUUAAGCAUAAAAAUUCUCACACAGGAGAGAAGCCAUUUUCAUGUCCAGAAUGUGGAAAGUGUUUUUCUUAUAAAACAGUUCUUGAUAAACAUAAAAAAAUUCACACAGGAGAGAAGCCAUUUGUAUGUUCAGAAUGUGGAAAGGGUUUUUCUGUAAAAUCAAAUCUUGAUCGACAUCAAAGAACUCACACAGGAGCAAAGCCAUUUCCAUGCCCUGAAUGUAAAAAGUGUUUUACUGUAAAAUGUCAUCUUGUUAAACAUCAAAGAACCCACACAGGAGAGAAGCCAUUUUUAUGUCCACAAUGUGGGAAAUGUUUUACUAAAGAAUCAAAUCUUGUUGAACAUCAAAGAACUCACACUGGAGAGAAGCCAUUUUCGUGUCCAGAAUGUGGGAAAUGUUUUAUUUCUCGCUCAACUCAGCUUAAACAUAAAAAAACUCACACCGGAGAGAAGCCAUUUUCAUGUCCAGAAUGUGGGAAAUGUUUUAUUUUUCAAUCAGCUUUGCUUAAACAUAAAAAAAUUCAUACAGGGGAGAGACCAUUUUCAUGCCUAGAAUGUGGAAAGUGUUUUAUUCACAAAUCACAUCUUGUUGAACAUCAAAGAACUCACACAAGAGAAACGCCAUUUCCAUGCUCAGAAUGUGGGAAAUGUUUUUCUUAUAAAAUAAGUCUAAAUAGACACAAAAAAACUCACACCGGAGAGAUGCCAUUUUAAUGUUCAUAUGUGUGAAGUCUUUUAGAACAAUGUCAUGUCUAAUUACACAUCAAAGAACUCACACAGGAAAAAUGUAACAUGUGGUUCUUAACCCCUUCACGCUCAUUGAUGUAUUAUGUCCUGGGAGCAUGAAGGGUGUGUGGAGAAGGUUCUAAAUUGGAGCUGGCUAUAUAAACAUGUUUGAUAUGGCCGCAUGCAGAAAUGUUAGAACCAUUAAAAUAUAAUGUUACUGAAACCUCACGAUGAACGUUAUAAAAGGAAAACAAACGCAGAAUUGUGUUU